GUCUGGUCGAUCAAUGGUUUCGGGAAAGGUAUAAAAUCUGGAAGGCCCUACCCUGCCUUUACACCUUCCUUUCAUCUCAUCGAGGGAUGCUCAUCGACGGUCAAAAGUGGGCUUGUGAAGCUUGCAUACGGGGCCACCGUGUGAGCAGCUGCAAACAUCAUGAUCGACCGUUGAUUCGCAUCAAGCGCAAGGGGCGACCCUUCGCGACAUGCUCGAUCUGUCAUUCUACGCCGUGCUCGGCGCCGACCGAACACGCGCGGCAAAAGCGCGAGGCAGAGCUCAAACAUCCUUCAAAAAAAGCAACGCACGGCAGACUCUAUCCGCGCCAUCACAAUCCCAACGGCUUCCAACCCAUCGCGCCUCGUCCGAGUGGAAAAAACUCGCGCGGUUCCUCGUCGGCUCGUGUGUCUCGCUCCGGGUCGUCGGCGUCGCACACCUCCGUCCGCGCGAACUCUCGUCGUGAUUCUGCCAGCACGGGACCCUGGUCGGGGUCGGAGGGGUCGGGCAAUGAGUCGAGUGGUCGGACGCAGUCCGCUAUGAGUGGUCCCGUGUCCGGAAGUAACAGUCGUGCUGGGUCCGGCGGGCUCUCGCGUUCGGCGGACAAUCUCGCGCUGGAUCCCGUGCUAUCCAGCGAUAUGUUUGAUCCCGCCUACAACCUUCUACCUUCCACUUUGUCUGGAGCAUCGCUGGUACAGAACGCGCCACUGAUCAGUCCUCUCGAGAGCGUGAACCCGUUCGACUUCCCGUUGGACCCCUCGCUGACUCUCGAUGAUGGAGCGCUGCGGUACUUGGAGGAUAUGGAGGUUGAUAUUACGGAGGGAAUUACGGAGGAGGUCUUUCAUGUGGAGGAUUGGUCGAGGUAUAUGUGGUCGCCGGAGACCGGGUUCGAGCAUUUAGACGCAGGAUAUCCUCCUGUGUCUCGAUGA